GCUUUGUGAGCCAGCUGCCCGUGUCACCCUAGCAAGUUGUGUGCCUCAUGCCCAUCACCGUGGCAUCAGGGCUGCAGAGGAUGAGCAAGAUGCGUUGCCCUGCCUGGGCACGGAGGAGCUCAUCUAUCUGUCCUGGGGGUGAGUGCCUGCCCUCCCUCUGGUGCCAUGCUUGCUGCCAUGCCUGCUGCCCUGCCCCAGCCUGGUGACCAUGCCAAGUCCCUCUCCACGCCCAUGUGUGCCCCCUGAGCACAAGUCCGGGUCCCCAGGGUACCAGGGAAGGGCAACACCCAGCUGCAUUACCCUGGUUGCCCCAUGGAAGUUCUAGACCAUCUGCGUGCCAGUGGGGGAGGAGAUGCCACAGACCUGCCUGGAGGUCUGUCCCCCACGCCCCAGGGACCUCAGGGCUAAGCUGUCCUUGCAGCAGGACCGGGCCUGGAGCAGUGGGUGGCCAUGCUGGGGGGGCAUAGGGCUCGGGGACCCCAGUCCCCCCUUCCUGAGCCCCCGCCGGCUGCUAGGACCCAGCAGCUGUCCCCGUGGGACCGCACAGCGCAGGCAGCGCCCGGGAGUGACAGCUGGUGCCAUCCGCAGCUGGCAGGCUGCAGGCAAACAGGAUGACGAGCGGGUGACGGGUGACGGGUGCAGGGAAGGGGGAGCGUGGCCUUGCACGGGGGCAGCAGCCCCUGUUCUGCUGCAGGAGCGACGCCGGCAGGAAGGAUCCCCAGCGAGGAGGGGAGCAUCACCCACCUCCCCAGGAGCAAAGGCAAAGAGAAGACAGCAGCCAUGGUUGUGGUGGGGUUUCCCUCUAAGGGACGCAGGAGAAGAGCCCUUGCUGCCCAGGCACUGGAGCUGCUGCCUUAGUCCUUGGUGGGGAUGGCGAGCCGAAUGGGGCUGAACACCACGGACAGCCUAGAGCUGCUCUCCGUCCCCGAGCAGUCCAUUGCCCAGGAGGUGGUGGGCCUCCUCUGCAUGGUCCUGCUCACCCUCACCGCCCUGGUGGCCAACACGGUGGUGAUGGUCGUCAUUCUCAAAACCCCCCUUCUCAGGAAGUUCAUCUUCGUCUGCCACCUCUGUGUGGUCGACCUCCUCUCUGCCAUUUUCCUCAUGCCCUUGGGGAUCAUCUCCAGCUCCUCCUGCUUCAACAGGGUGAUCUACAGCAUUGCCGAGUGCCAGGGCUUGAUAUUCCUGAAUAUCUGUUUCAUCAGUGCCUCCAUCCUCACCAUCUCGAUCAUCAGCGUGGAGCGGUACUACUACAUUGUCCACCCCAUGAGGUAUGAGGUCAAGAUGACCAUCAGGCUGGCGGUGGCCGGAGUGAUCUUCAUUUGGGUCAAGUCUGUUCUCAUCACUGUCUUGGCACUGGUGGGUUGGCCUCAAGGCAACGGGGCCACCAGUGCCAGCCGCUGUACAGUCUACUGGAGCCCUGGGGCUCACAAGAAGAUUUUUAUGAUCAUCUUCAGCAUUGUCUGCUUUGUUCUGCCUACCAUCAUCAUCUUGGCUGUCUACUGCAGUGUCUACCGCGUGGCCCGGAUGGCAUCCCUGCAGCACAUGCCUGCACCAGCACAGGCAGCUGCACCGAGGCACCGAUCUGACUCCAUCGCCAGCCAAGUGACCAUCAUCACCACCAGGAACCUGCCACUGCCCAGGCUGAUGCCAGAGCGCUUUCUGGGAAGCAACAAGGCCAUCCUCACCUUGGUCCUCAUUGUGGGGCAGUUCUUGUGCUGCUGGCUGCCCUUUUUUGCUUUCCACUUGCACUCCUCUGUCACAACUGGCACAGUGGGUGGUGGGCAUGGGGAAAUGGUGGUCACCUGGAUUGCCUACUCCUCCUUUGCCAUCAAUCCCUUCUUCUAUGGGCUGCUGAACCGCCAGAUCCGGGAGGAGCUGGCCCGGCUCCGGCGCAGCUGUCUCAACCGGCCGCUGGGCCAGGAGCUCUGCCUUUCUGUCUCGGAGGCUUCCAUCCAGGAAAACUUCUUGCAGUUCCUUCAGAGAGCGACUUGCACGCUGGAGACCCAUGCCAGCUGCAUCAGCCCCAGCCCCAGGAACAGGCUGGACCAGACCAAGAUGGGCUUCCCCAUCCCAGGUCAAGUUCCUGAAGAAAGCACCUGAGAAGCAAGAGGCCUUGUCCCACCAUGCUGGGAAGGAGGGUGGGCAGGGGACCUGUCAGGGACCCCCAUUGGACCUGCUUGGGCUCAGUCUCUUGGAUUUGGAGGAGUUCUUGUUCAGGUUUUGCCUCUUCUCUGAGCCUAUGGUGGAAGGUAGUUUCUCUGUUCAGGAGAAGGCAGCAGAUCUGGGGAAGCCUCAUCUCCCUUCUAUGGGCUGGGAUUGUCUCUGGCUCCACCAGCUCAGUCCAGUUGCAUGGAUGGGCUCUCCCCAGGACACAGGAUGCUAAGGGGCUCCUACACAGGGCAGAGGAGGGAGCACCUGCAUAUCCAUCGCCUGUUGGGACCACUUGUGGCCAGUGGGGAAAAGUAGAUGUCCAUUGCACCUUACCCAGGAGCAGUGGGUCAGCUAACACCACUAACACCAGUAACACCAGGGCGCGGGGCACCCUGCUGAGAUUAUGUGGAGCCCCCUGUCCUUAGCUCUUUAACCCAAAACUAACCUCUGGCUGGAGAAGCUCCUGUCACCUGUGGUACUUAUCAGGGGGACAAGCACCCAUGGGGCUGGCUCUGGCCACGUCUGGUUUUUGGGCUGGUGCGGCAGCAUGUGGUGCCGUGGCCAUGCCCAGCCGUGUUCUCUGUCCCCCCACAGCUGGUAGGGGCUGCCCCUCCAGGGAGGGAUGCUGGCCGGCCGGGGGUCUGUGCCAGGCUGUUUAUGGACACAGCUGCCCAGCUGAAGCCCAGCCAGUGGUGCCACGUGCCAGCCAAACUGGGCUGCCAGCCAGGGGUGCGCUGGGGUA